AUGUCGGCCAAGGCGAUUUCAGAGCAGACGGGCAAAGAACUCCUUUACAAGUUCAUCUGCACCACCUCGGCGAUCCAGAACAGGUUCAAGUAUGCCCGGGUCACCCCUGACACAGACUGGGCCCGCCUGCUGCAAGACCAUCCCUGGCUGCUCACCCAGAGCCUGGUGGUCAAGCCAGACCAGCUGAUCAAACGGCGUGGCAAGCUGGGCCUAGUUGGGGUCAACCUCACUCUGGAUGGCGUCAAGUCCUGGCUGAAGCCGCGGCUGGGACAGGAAACCACUGUGGGCAAGGCCAAAGGCUUUCUCAAGAACUUCCUGAUCGAGCCCUUUGUUCCGCACAGUCAGGCGGAGGAGUUCUACGUCUGCAUCUAUGCUACCCGACAAGGGGACUACGUCCUGUUCCACCACGAAGGAGGGGUGGACGUGGGCGAUGUGGACACCAAAGCCAAGAAACUGCUUGUCGGGGUGGACGAGAAGCUGGAUCCUGAGGACGUCAAGGAGCACCUGUUGGUCCAUGCCCCCGGAGACAAGAAAGAGAUUCUGGCCAGCUUUAUCUCUGGUCUCUUCAAUUUCUAUGAGGAUCUGUACUUCACCUACCUCGAGAUCAACCCCCUUGUUGUGACCAAAGAUGGCGUCUACGUGCUUGACUUGGCAGCCAAAGUGGAUGCCACCGCUGACUACAUCUGCAAAGUGAAAUGGGGUGAUAUAGAGUUCCCUCCCCCCUUUGGACGGGAGGCUUAUCCAGAGGAAGCUUACAUUGCAGACCUGGAUGCCAAAAGUGGGGCGAGCCUGAAGCUGACCUUGCUGAACCCCAAAGGGAGGAUCUGGACCAUGGUGGCUGGAGGUGGUGCCUCCGUCGUGUACAGUGACACCAUCUGCGAUCUAGGGGGUGUCAAUGAGCUGGCAAACUACGGGGAGUACUCGGGCGCCCCCAGCGAGCAGCAGACCUAUGACUAUGCCAAGACGAUCCUCUCCCUCAUGACCCGGGAGAAGCACCCCAAUGGCAAGAUCCUCAUCAUUGGAGGCAGCAUCGCGAACUUCACUAAUGUGGCUGCCACAUUCAAGGGCAUCGUGAGAGCGAUUCGAGAUUACCAGGGCCCCCUGAAGGAACAUGAGGUCAAAAUCUUUGUCCGAAGAGGUGGCCCCAACUAUCAGGAGGGCUUACGGGUGAUGGGAGAAGUUGGGAAGACCACUGGGAUCCCCAUCCAUGUGUUUGGCACCGAGACUCACAUGACAGCCAUUGUGGGCAUGGCCUUGGGCCACCGUCCCAUCCCCAAUCAGCCGCCCACAGCCGCCCACACUGCGAACUUCCUUCUCAACGCCAGUGGGAGCACAUCGGCUGCAGCCCUCAGCAGGACUGCAUCUUUUUCCGAGUCCAGGGCAGAUGAGGUGGCACCUGCAAAGAAGGCCAAGCCGGCCGUGCCACCAGAUUCAGUCCCAAGUUCAAGAUCCCUGCAAGGAAAGAGCGCCACCCUCUUCAGCAACCACACCAAGGCCAUUGUGUGGGGCAUGCAGACCAGGGCUGUGCAAGGCAUGCUGGACUUUGACUACGUCUGCUCCCGAGACCAGCCCUCGGUGGCUGCCAUGGUCUACCCUUUCACGGGGGACCACAAGCAGAAGUUUUACUGGGGUCACAAGGAGAUCCUGAUUCCUGUCUUCAAGAACAUGGCUGAUGCCAUGAAGAAACACCCAGAGGUGGACGUGCUGAUCAACUUCGCCUCUCUUCGCUCUGCCUAUGACAGUACAAUUGAGACCAUGAAUUAUGCACAGAUCCGGACCAUUGCCAUCAUAGCUGAAGGAAUCCCUGAGGCCCUCACAAGGAAGCUGAUCAAGAAGGCGGACGAGAAGGGCGUGACCAUCAUUGGACCUGCCACAGUCGGAGGCAUCAAGCCUGGGUGCUUUAAGAUUGGGAAUACCGGUGGGAUGCUGGACAACAUCCUGGCCUCUAAGCUGUACCGCCCUGGCAGCGUGGCCUAUGUCUCGCGCUCUGGGGGCAUGUCCAACGAGCUCAACAAUAUCAUCUCUCGGACCACAGAUGGCGUCUAUGAGGGCGUGGCCAUUGGCGGGGACAGGUACCCCGGCUCCACAUUUAUGGAUCAUGUGUUACGUUACCAGGACACUCCAGGAGUCAAAAUGAUCGUGGUUCUUGGAGAGAUAGGGGGCACUGAGGAGAAUAAGAUCUGCCAGGGCAUCAAGGAGGGCCGCAUCACCAAGCCCGUGAUCUGCUGGUGCAUCGGGACCUGUGCCACCAUGUUCUCCUCUGAGGUACAAUUUGGCCACGCUGGCGCUUGUGCCAACCAGGCUUCUGAAACUGCAGUGGCCAAGAACCAGGCUUUGAAGGAGGCAGGAGUGUUCGUGCCCCGGAGUUUCGAUGAACUUGGAGAACUCAUCCAGUCUGUGUAUGACGAUCUCGUGACCAAAGGGGUCAUUGUCCCUGCGCAGGAGGUACCUCCCCCAACGGUGCCAAUGGACUACUCCUGGGCCCGGGAGCUGGGCUUGAUCCGCAAACCUGCCUCCUUCAUGACCAGUAUCUGCGAUGAACGGGGACAGGAGCUCAUCUACGCAGGCAUGCCCAUCACUGAGGUCUUCAAGGAGGAGAUGGGCAUCGGCGGGGUCCUUGGCCUGCUCUGGUUCCAGAGAAGGUUGCCCAAGUACUCCUGCCAGUUCAUUGAGAUGUGCCUGAUGGUGACAGCUGACCAUGGCCCAGCCGUGUCUGGGGCUCAUAACACCAUCAUCUGUGCUCGCGCUGGGAAGGACCUGGUCUCCAGCCUCACCUCGGGGCUGCUCACCAUUGGUGACCGGUUUGGGGGUGCCCUGGAUGCAGCAGCCAAGAUGUUCAGCAAAGCCUUUGACAGUGGCAUUAUCCCCAUGGAGUUCGUGAACAAGAUGAAGAAGGAAGGAAAGCUGAUCAUGGGCAUCGGCCACCGAGUGAAGUCGAUAAACAACCCAGACAUGCGAGUGCAGAUCCUGAAAGAUUACGUCAAACAGCACUUCCCUGCCACCCCCCUGCUCGACUAUGCGCUGCAAGUGGAAAAGAUUACCACCUCGAAGAAACCAAACCUCAUCCUGAAUGUGGAUGGCUUCAUCGGGGUUGCGUUUGUGGACAUGCUGAGAAACUGUGGGUCCUUCACCCGGGAAGAAGCUGAUGAAUAUGUUGACAUUGGAGCCCUGAAUGGCAUCUUUGUUCUGGGAAGGAGCAUGGGCUUCAUUGGACACUAUCUCGACCAGAAGAGGCUGAAGCAGGGGCUCUAUCGUCACCCGUGGGAUGAUAUUUCAUAUGUUCUUCCGGAACACAUGACCAUGUAA